UUUUUUCUUGUAACGUCAAGAAUCUCUACCCCGACGCCUUCUCCAAGCGAUCACAAUCUUCACUAUAAAAGGAAUCAAAUGUCCGGGAAUUGGCAUCACAUCAGCUCAGUUGGUUGAGGCAUAUUCACCAAUUGUGGGAUUACAGAUCAAAAUGUAUAAGUUCCUUGCUAUUGCAUUCCUCCCUUUGGUCUUGGCCGCACCUGAACCUUCAGGUGGUUACGGUUAUAGAGCCGCUAGACCCGUCUACGGCCCUGUGGCUGUGGUCAAGCAAGGACCCGCUUGUCGAACCGAGUACGAGACUGUCAUCACUAAGAAGUGCGCUACCUCUUACGAAAAGUCCUGCCGUACCCAAGUGGAGACCAAGUACAAGACUGUCUACGAGACCCAAUGUGACACGAUCAACGUCAAAAAAUGUGUCCCUGUAGCUCGUCAAGUUCCCGAUCAGGUGUGUCAGGUCCGGAACGAGCAAGUCUGCACCCAGGAUACCCAAAAGACCUAUGAAGUCUCGUACGAGAAGCAAUGCCAGGAUAUCGCCAAGCAGAACUGUGCUCCUGCAGCCGUGGGUUACGGUCAUGGACGUUAUGGUCGGUCCGCUGAUCCCUCUGGUUAUGGACCCAAGUGUUCCACUAUCAUUGAAAAGGUCUGCACCCAACAGCCCGUUAAGGUUCCCAAGUACGUGAAUGUGCCCCGUUGCUCGAAUGUGCCUAAGACCGAAUGCAAGGACAUCACCCGCACCGUGACGGAUACCAAGUGCAGCAACAUUCCUCAACAGAAGUGCUCGCAAGUUCCCAAACAGGAUUCGUAUGAGGUGCCUUUGGAGAUCUGCGAGAAGAUCCCUAUGGAACAGUGCGUGGAUGUACCCAAGCAAGUGGCCAAACAGGUCUGCAAGGAGUACAAGCACUGAGAAAAAGACCUAGCUCAUUUUGUACAGAACAACAUCCAUUGUUUGUUUGUUUGUUUCAUCCAUUCAAAACCAUCUAUCUAGUCAGGAUUGGCUUGUUUACGACCUUGGAACAAUAAAGAAAGAAGGAAUGCGA